AUGGCCCGUCUCAAUGAAGUCGGACCGAUGUCCGCAGAGGCUGUUGAGAUCCUUCGAAGGAAAAUGAUGCGCCAGAACCGCGACUUGGCCCGGUCAAAUAAUGUCAGAGCGCAACGAGUGCGAGAGCUAGAGAUGGAGAACGCGGAGCUUCUACAGAGCAACGACGACCUGCGGCAACGAAUCCGAGAACUAGAGCGACAGGCAGAGGACUCCGAAGCGCGACGAGUCACAGAUCACACUAUGGGGAUCAAGGCGAAACUCGAAGCACAGCUCGCCGAUCUUGGGAACAUGAUUUCAGAACUGGGCUCUGACCCGCCACGGAAAAAGCGCUCCCCUGGAGCGACGCUUGCUGUCGGCCGACGAACAAGUUUCAGCUACACUAGGCCAAGUCCUUCGCAACGUCGACUUAGAGAAGUCGCACGCGACGUUGAGGAACUGGGUCACAUAUCUGAACACAAAAUGUCGGGUCGUAGGUCUAUGAACCCGGAACAGAUUAUGGCUCUGAGGACGGAAGCAGACUGUUGCGAUCCGUCAGAAUCGCCGGAACUGGGCCCGCCACCAACAUCUGACUUCAUUAGAGCCGAGCCUUUCGGAGACGAUAUACCCCAGGACACACCGACGAAAGGAAUGCCGAGUCCUAGAGGGAUACUGCAGCCAAUCGUUGCCCGGUCGCCGUCGCCAUCGCCGCGGAAAAGGAUGGACCCGUCCGCGUUUGAGUCAAUCACAUCUCCUCCCACGUCGGGGGUGAAACGGAAAUUCGCUUCGCAGCUCGAACCCAUCGACCUGAAGCCUAAGCCUGUGCCUCAAGCGCGAGAGGGCCAAGAAGAAGAUUCUCUGUCCCAAAGCGUCGCCAGCAAGCAGUCCAUCAAAGAAAGGACGCAAAUUAGACCGUUGAAGGAACUCUCAUCGACAGGGAAGGGACCACAACCAGUGUUGUCUUCAGGCAGGAGGCCUCUUGGAGUAAAGAGCACAAACGACGAUGUGGCGUCACCCAAGAAGAGGUCGAGGACGACACCAGUCGACGACGUUUCGGCAGCCAAAGCGAACAUCAACAAGGCGAGGAAAGGGCCCAGCCGCUCCAAGGCCCAGAAAAUCCCACAAGCACCUCCUAUUGCGGAAGUCAAAAUUGAAGCGCAAUCAGACGACGAAAUUAUCGACGACGAACUACCAAAGGCGGAAGUAGCUCCUCAGCCGAUGGGGAAGCCUUGCGAUCUAGGAGCUCCUCUCGUGGAGCCAGAGCUACUCGCACCCAAUUCUCCGGACUCGGCGCCUGCCGUUGACACCACACGAGGUGAUACGCCCCCGCCAGCUGAUAUCAAUUCGCAAGGAGAAGCGUCGCGGCCAAGCAGACGCAGAGGAAGCGUUGUGAGCUACGCAGAGCCAAAUCUAAGAGACAAGAUGCGUCGUCCAGGAAAGCAACUCGUUGACGCGGUCACCUCGCGCCGGUCAAGCCAACAAGAAAUCUUGAUAACCCAGGAGCACGUGAAAGUCAAGCGCGAGUCAACGGAGGCUGGAGCACUUCCAGAUAACUCCUCGAUCAGUGCCAGGGACACGGGAGCACCUGCAAGCCCGACUGUACACGGGACCUCGCCAACAGCCGAACUCCCGAGCUCGGUUGCUACCGAAAGGCGCAAGCGUCCCUCAGCUUCCAUGUUCAAGCUCGCACUCAAUGACGAGGGUGAUGAAGGAACCAAGGGAAGCAGCAAUGAUAGCAAUCCUACAUCCGAUUCGGAUGUGUACGACAUGACAAUGUCGCCCCAGCCAGCGAGAACCAAGCGGAAAGGGGCAAAUCGGGGAACCAAGGGCACACGGCGCUUCUCGAGUGCGACAGGAAGUGACGAUGAGGACAUCGUAUCUCAUGAACGCAGCACAUCGCGCCGCAGAAGCAUGAUGGUGUAA